CUCCUAUCUGAUUCGGUGAUUUAUGUUAGAGUCGAGUUAGAAGAUAUGGAAAGAAAUACGUGAAAUAUUAAGUUUGAAAAAAUAUUUUUUAAGUAUAAAUAAAUAAUAGAAUCAAAAUAUGUCUGGUGAAAAAACUAGUGAAAAAAUUGAAAAAGAAAAGAAUUUAUUAAUUGUCGUGCUAGACGUAAAUCCAUUACAGAGAAUUGUUAAAGAAGAAGCAAAAAUAUUGACACAAUGUUUAGAUUCAACAAUAGUAUUUGCGAAUGCACACCUAAUGCAAGCAUCAAACAAUCAAUUAGCAGUAAUGGCUUGUCAUGGACAUGGAGCAACAUUUUUAUAUCCUUCUGACAAAACCAAUGAUAUACGUCAAAUUGAUGGACAAUAUGAAAAAUUUACAGAGGUAGAACGUACUGUUAGACAACAAAUACAAUUAUUUGUUAAUCAAAUACCUUUAGAUGCUUCGUUGAACGGCGAAAGUCUUAUUUCUGGAGCACUUUCCAUGGCAUUAUGUUAUAUUUCAAGAAUAUCUCAGGAUAAGGAAGGAGAUGAGAAAUUUUAUUCAAGAAUACUUGUGAUCACUGCAAGUAAUGAUUCUACUAUGCAAUAUAUGAAUUAUAUGAAUAUAUUUUUUACUGCGCAGAAGAUGGGUGUUAUAUUAGAUGUCUGUAGCUUGGAUCAAGAAUUAACGUUGCUACAACAAGGCUGUGAUAUAACUGGUGGAAAUUAUUUAAAAGUGCCACAGUUGAAUGGAUUGUUGCAGUAUUUAUUAUGGGUCUUUUUACCAGAUUCUAGUGUUAGAUCAAAAUUAGUAUUACCACCCCCGGUAGAAGUUGAUUACCGGGCAGCAUGCUUUUGUCAUCAAGAACUUGUAGACAUUGGUUAUGUAUGCUCUGUCUGUUUAUCAAUUUUCUGUAAAUUUAGUCCAAUCUGUACUACGUGCCAUAUUCAAGAUGCCAGGACCAAUACCAAUGAAAAUGAAAAAAAAGAAAAAAAAUAUAGAUAUUACACAUUGAUAUUAUUUUACGGUAAUAUUAUAACUUUUGUAUUCUUACAAAUAUACAAACACACUUUUUACACGCUUUUUACACGCAUUAGAAAUAUUUAUUGUAAUUAAUAGUGA